UUGCGAGUUGCGGCUGACCGACACAAACUAGAAUCGAGGAUAAUUUCUUUCGCCUGCAUCAUCGUUAGUUGAUAUCCCGGUUACGGAUAGUAUCUGGACCCGAUGUUUCGAAACCAAUAUGAUCAGGAUAUUCUCACUUGGAGUCCGCAUGGACGCUUGCAUCAAGUUGAAUGUAAAUUUAAAAUAUAUUUUUCGUUAAGCUUCUCAAUCUGUCAUCAUUUCGUAGAUGCGAUGGAGGCAGUGAAGCAAGGUGGAGCUUCGGUCGGCUGUAAGAACAAAGAUCACGCCGUCUUGGUCACUUUGAAUCGUUCUGCCUCUGAACUCUCCUCAUCUCAACGGAAACUUUUUAAAGUCGAUGAUUUCGUUGGCAUUGCUGUCUCUGGUUUGACAGCUGACGGCACUGCGUUAGUCAAGAUGCUGAGGAGUGAAAACAUCUCUCACAAGUUCACCUUUGGAUCUCAUGUCGAUAUCAGUAGACUAGCUCUAAAAGUUGCUGACAACUCGCAGGUAAGAAUCAUAUUCGAUUUCAACCGCUCUUUCAUAGUUUACUAUCUGCUCUCUAUUCUACUGCUGCAGGUCAGCACACAGAGAGCAGGGGCAAGACCAUCUGGAGUUGGGACUCUCAUUGCAGGAUGUGACGAGAGUGGCUGCCACAUCUUUCAAACGUGUCCUUCUGGCAGCAUUUACGAACAUGAAGCUAUUGCAAUCGGAGCAAGAUCUCAAGCCUCAAAGACUUUCCUGGAAAACAAUCAAAUCGUCCAAGCAAGUUCUUUAAAUGAGCUAAUCGUGUUUGCUUUGAGAGCACUAAGUGAAGCAAGUGUUGAGCCGAUUUCAGAACUUACAUGCAGUGUCGCUCUUGUAGGAAUCAAUACACCCUUUAAGUUGCUGGAUACGCACUCGUUAUCAAGACUUAUAGCACAAAUUUAUCAGGAAGUUUAGUUGCUUUUUGAAUAUCUGUUUAUAUUCUGGUAGAUCAAGAACAAGGUAACGAAUACUGAGUAAACCUUGCAAAUCAGAGUCAUCACUAGUGGUUCAUAUAUGAACUGAUUCAAUUUUUGUGAGACCGGUUGUACAAAGUUUAUCGAUGUCUCACAAAUAACUA